UGGACGACGACGACGUUCGGAUAGUAAAUAUGACGUCGUCCAGUCUACCCCCGGCGGCGGCGGCGGUCCCGUCGCAGUCCAUGUCGCACGAGUACACCCUGAGAUGCGACGACGCCGACGUCGAGAACAGCGCGCCGGCCCCGCGACAUCAUCAUCAUCAUCUUCGAAAACUUCUUCUCGCGGACGACAUCGAACACGCGAAGGCGACGGUCCUCGCGACCGCGACCGCGGCGACGCUCGGGGACGAGCGCGCGGCCGUCUCCGCGAUGGUCACCGCGACGGAGACGGCGGUGAUGAACGACGUCCUCCGCGGCGAGGUCGCGGCGGAUAAGUCCGCCGUCGCCGCGGUGUACGCCGCGCGUCUGGAUCUCGGCCUGGAGGGAUCUCAGGGAGGAGGAGGCGCCUCGAUCUCGACCGACGCGACCGAACGCGGCGGAGGCGCGCCGUGCUCGUCCUCGCCAGACUCUGCGGAAGCGCUGAACGACGUCGGGUUCUCGAAAGACGGCUGGGAAAGCCUCGGGGCGACGACGACGACGACGACGACGACGACGACGUGCACGGCGACGGAGGGAACCGAAAACCAAAACGCGCCGCCGCCGCCGCGGUUCGUGGGAAGCGCGAGUCAGCACGACGCCGGCGCGCGCGCGGCGUCUGGAACGACGUCGACGCCGCCGGUGGCGUCGAAACCACCGACGGUGACGUUCUCCGCGGACGUUCUCGCGGCGGAGGAGACCCCCGCCGCCGCCGCCGACGACGACGGCGGCGGCGGCGGCGGCGGCGGCGGCGCGCGACUGGGCGACGUCGAAGAAGAGCGCGAUGAGGAGGAGGAGGAGGAGGAGGAGGUCGAAGACGCGGAGGAGGAUGUGUUUUACGCCGGCGGCACGCAGGCGUGGGCGCCGGACGACGGAACGGACGACGACGGCGACGCGGAAGCGGACGAAGACGAAGAAGGCGACGCGUUCGAUUGGACGGGCGGGACCCAGGCGAUGCCGCCGCCGGCGUCGCCGUCCCUCGAAGUCGCCGCCGCCGGGACCGGGGCCGUCCCCGCGUCGGUCGCGCGCGCGGAAGACGCACCGAAGACCGCGUCGAGCCCUAAACCCGGACAACCCGGUUUCCUGCGCGUCGCCGCGAAGCCCGCGGCGGUGCGUCGUCUGUCCGCGCGCGCGCACGAUCCGCCUGCGACGACGCGAGACGCCGCGGAAGAACGCCCCGCGGCGUCGCCGCUCGCGACAGCGCCGCCUCCGGUCGCGGCGUCGGACCCGUACUCCGUCGACGUCGUCCUGUCGUCCUGCGCGCCCGCCACGGGGAACACGCAGCCGCCCGCGUGCACGCCCGCGCAGGACGUCAUGUGCUCGCUGAUUCCGUCGACGUUUCCUCCGCCGGGGUUGCAGACGCGCGGCGGCGCGGGCGGCGCGACGAUGACGCCGUCCACGCUCGGGGGAUCGCCCGCGAUGCCGCUGCACUUAGUCGCCGCAGAAGCCGCGGCGACGCGCGAAGAGGCGCCGCCGCCGACCGCGGCUAAGACGAAGACGACGACGACAGCGACGGUGGAGUCGACGUUACCCCCGACCGCGCCGCGGUUCGACGCGCGCGGCGCGGAUGAAAACGCGGACGACGAGGUCCCGAUGUCGAUCGCGGCGUCCCCGGGCGCGGGAAAGCGUCUCCCCGCGCGCGUCCGCGGCCUCGCCGCCGCGGCCGCGAUCAGCGCGCGCGAGCGAAGAAACGUCAAUCUCGGAGGUCUCGCGGGGAUGAGUCUGUCGCUCGGUCCGCCGAACGACCUGGACGACGACGACGGCGACGACGACGUCGUCGACGCGAGCGCGAAGUUCGACGUCGCCGCCGGCGCGAACGGCGCGCUCGCGGAGACGCUCCCGUCGUUCGCCACGGAGACGCAGCCGCCCGCGGACGGAAAGUCGGCCGAGAAACAGACGCAGUCGAUGACGUCCAACGUCGUCGAGACGCAAGCGCCGACGGCGGAGGGACGGAGGAACGACGCGACCGCGGACGCGGAGACCCGCGCCGCGGGGGACGACCCGUUCACCCCGUUCUCUCUAUCGUACCAGCCCGCGACGUCCGAGGCGGCGCCGCCGCGCGCGCGAAACGCGCGCGAGGGCGUCGCUCGCGCGGGAGGGUGGGCCGGCGCCGCCGCGGCCGCGGUGCACCAAGCCACGGACGAUACCGAAUCCCCCGACGUCUGCGUGAUGGAGUCGCAGCAGGUCAGGGACGUCGUCGCGGACGCGGCUGGUCUGUCCACGUCACAGGCGGCGGAGGUGGACGCGAGGGCGAGAACGAACGCGAACGCGAACGCGAGCGCGAACGAGAUGGACGUCGACGCGGACGCGCCGUCGCAGCACGCGUUCACAGAUCCUUUCAGGUUUGAAGAAGAAGACGAAGAGGCGGUCGUGCCGAUGCCGGCGGCGGCGCCUCGCGGCGGCCGCGGCGGAGGAAGGGGGCGCGGGCGCGGGCGCGGGCGCGGGCGCGGGCGCGGGCGCGGGCGCGGGCGCGGGCGCGGGCGCGCAAGCGAGGCUGCCGACGCGGACGCGCGACGUUCGACGCGGCAACGGAGGAAACGCACUUUCUACGGCGACAGCCAGUACCCGUCGCAGUCGAACGAAACCUCCGAGGACGACGACGCGAGCGAUCCAGACCCCGACGACGGCGCGGGUCGUCUCAUGCUCGGGGCCUUGCCCGUGAGCGACCGUCGACCGGCGAGGACGCGAAAGCCGAGAAAGUUUUUCGGGGAUAGCCAGUUCCCUUCGCAGUCGCAAGGCGACGAGUCCGAGUCCGAGUCCGAGUCCGACUCCGACGACGCCGUGGAACGUAGCCAGGACCCGUGGGACGAAGCCGGGCGACAGGACUCGCCAGAUGUCGUCGUACUUUCCGACGACGUAGACGCGGAAGAAGGGAAAGACGACGACGAGGAGGAUGACGAGGACGAGGAUGCGGAUCCGUGGUACGUCGGAGGCACUCAAGCUUUCCCUGACGCGAGCCCGAUGCGAGACAGCGACGAGGAAGAGGACGAGGACGACGACGCGCCGGCGGCGAUGUCCGACGACGACGACGACGCGCUCGCGGACGCGCCGGCGAGCGCGCGCAGCCUCGAGAUCAAACUCGGCUGCCCCAAGUGCCGCCACGCGAAGAACGGUUGCGGUAGGUGCCGAGCGAUCGUGGAUCACAAGCUGAAUGGCACGCCACUGCCGUGGAAAACCGCGGGCGGUCGCGGCGGUCGCGGCGGUCGCGGCGGUCGCGGCGGUCGAAGCGCGUCCGCCGUGACCUCUUCCGGCGGCCGAGGCGGUCGCGGCGGCAGAGGCGGCCGAGGCGCGGUCGCGGCGACCGCUUCGACGCGACCGAAAUGCCGCGUCCGAUUCGAAAAAGAAGACGCCGCGGGCCCGGGCGGGCACCUCUCGAGCGAUCCCCCGUCGUCCGUGAGUAAGCGUCGCAAGACGGUGCUGACGAACCAGCUGCACGCGCGGACGCCGCAGACGUCAUCGGGCGCGAAGAAACGCGGCAGACCUCCGGCCUCGGCGUCCGCGGUGUCGACCGCGUCCGCGUCCGCGCGCAAGCGACGCAAGCCGACGAAAACGUUCGCCGGGAUGACGUUUCUCCUGUCCGGGAUGCCGAGUAAAAACGACGUCGAAGAUCUCACGGAGCUCAUCGAGCUGCACGGCGGCGAGGUCGAAGCCGAGGUGCCUCCGCCGGAGACGCCGGAUAACUUCACGUCGUCCCCGGAGGUUGGCGCGCGGAUGAGCCAGUUCGCGGCGCCUCCGAGGCGCGCGCGCGUCCGGAUGCGGGUGAUCACGCCGAAGCCGGGACGGACGCUGAAACACUUGUACGCCGCCGCGGUGGGCGCGCCGCUGUUGAAGCCGGACUGGAUCACCGCGAGCUUGGACGCGGGGAGGGCGCUGUCCCCAGCGAGCACGCCGCCCGGGGUGCUGUUAUCGAAACGACACGCCGCGAUUGCGUCGGAUGACGACGACGACGACGACGACGACGACGACGACGACGGAGGGCUUUUCUCCGGGCGCGUCGCCGCGCUGUGCGGGGACGACCGGUUCACGCGCGAGUUUGGUCUCUUACUGCGUCACGCGGGCGCGGACGUCGUCGACCCGAAAGCUUUGGCGGCGAUGGACGACGACGACGACGACGAAGGCGGCGGCGGCGGCGGCGCGUGCGACUACUUGAUCGCACAAGGCGGCCGCGUCGUCCCGGGGGAGCUGAAGCGGCUCGCGGAGCGGCUCCGCGUGCCCGUCUUGUUUCACGAGUUCUUCGUCGACUCGCUGCUGGACGGGCGCGUGAAGCGCUUCGAGAGGAAGUACGUCGCCGUGGGGGUGAAGUGA